GCCCCACGGCGGCGGCCGGGGCUGCCGGAGGAGCUGGACGCUGCAGGGGGAACCGGAGCUCCGCUCGGGGGCGGGUCCCCCCGCGGCUCCCUCCGCCCCCGGAAUCGCCGUGCCGCCUGACUGCACCUCAGUCCCACAGCCCAGAAACGGCCGCAGCUCUCUAGGUUGUGGAGGCGGCAGCGAGCCGAGCCCGCGUCGCAGCUCCCAGCCACGGGGAGGCUGGGCGAGCCGGAACUCAAGGGGGCAUCUGGCCCAGGCACGCGGUCAGCUCUGCGCGCGGCUGGGGUCAUGGAGCACUGAAAGGCACUCAAUCAAGAGAAACCUGGGGGAAGCUGGAAAUCAUCAAGUUACUGUAGCCACACAGGGGGCAGAAAAGACAGAGGAAAGAAAAUUUAUCAGAGUUUCUUCUUAAACCUGUCUUAGAAAUAAGAACGUAUUUCAACCAGGGAUUUAUGUUGCUAUGAGGAUAGAUUCAUCAGAAAUGACUGAUGUGGAGCCUGUGGUCAACAAUUUUGCAUCUUCAGCAAGGACAGGCCGCCGGAAUGCCGUCCCAGACAUCCAAAGUUCAGCGGUGACGGGCGGAACUUCAGAGUUGCCCCUCAAACUGGAGGCCCUCUCCAUCAAGGAAGAUGUAAAGAAGAAAGAUGAAGAAACGACACAAGACCAAUUGGAAAAGCCCCCUAAUGAAGACAAAUGAAGGCUCAUAACCUAUCAAGAGUGCUGAAUUUCUGCACAUUGAAAGACUUAAUGGCUCUGCUUUCCUGAGGUGUUUGAUCUGGUAGUAACUAUGGUAACAUUGCCGCCCUAAGCAACAUGUGUGUUUUUAGAUAAUUUUAUUGUGAUGCUAUUCAUUUGGAUUGCAACCGUGAUGUCCAAUAUAGGUUAUUAAAAGGCAGAUUACUUUCAAAUUGCACCCAAGGAAAAGGUUAAGAAUGUAUGGUCACUUAAAUACAUACCUUUGUCUAUAAACCAAACAAACUAUACUGUUCUCUUUUAGAUUUAUUUAGUCAGGUCUGUUUUUUAUUCCAUUUUUAUGGUAAUAGAUAAAACAUUUCUCAGUAAAUAUAAACUGAACACCAUUAAUUUAAAACUUCAUGGUAUUUGUAGGAAAUUAUAUUUCUUGGAUAGAAGGAAUAAUGGAAUAGUCGAAAACACAUGAAUAGAGUGUUUAUUUUUAACCAAAAAAUUUCACCACAAACCCUAAAAAAAAUUGGAAAAAAAAUUGUAAAAUCUUGACAACCUAAACACCUCUAGGAUGUUUUUGCUUGAUAUACAUUGCUUCUAGUCUAUGCAGACUGUGAUUUUUCAUGUAGACUUUUAAAAUACAAAAUCUGUGGCAAAUUAUUUAUAUGUAACAUACCUACUAAAUGAUUUUACUACCUUCCUUACCUUUGGUGUUGUAUGUGUGUGGGUAUACUUUUCUUUAAUGUGAAUUAUGCAAACACCUUACUAGUUGCUUUACACUGUCUUUUCUUAUUCUUAGGGCUUUUGUGUAUAUAUGACUUGUUUCUAAAAUAAUAAUUUCCUCAGGAGUGCAGACCUUGAUUUUUAUAUCUUUCCUAAAGUAUCUAACAUAAGAGUAAGCACUUAAAUAUUUGGUGAAUGAUGUGUAGGGAGGAAUAGCAAAAUACUUGCUUUUAAUAUAUAUAUAUAUAAUUAUAUAUUUUAAAAGGAACAAAACCAAAACCAAAGCCUUAGUAAAUUUUGAUUUAGUAGGUAUUUCAGGAAAAUAAUACAAUUCUAAAUUAAAAAUAAAAUUUACUGAGUUUAUUUUCAUUUUCAGAUAUAUAUGCAUGCAGUUUUAUUUGAUUUGAUUGUAACUGAGGCCAUGUCUGUAUACAGUAAUCAAAUAAACUCUUUCACUGUUAAAUCUGU